AUGGGGACGCUCCUGACCCUGUUCGCCACGCUUGUGGUGCUCAUUCCCAUCGGCUACAUGUACACGGCGUCGGUGGUGAUGUCGCGCUUCCCGAUGCUGCGUGAGAAGCGUAUCUGUCUCCUGAUUGCCCACCCAGAUGAUGAGGCCAUGUUCUUUGCGCCCACCGUGUUGGCCCUGACGCGGCCGGAGGCCGGCAACCACGUCAAGAUCCUGUGUCUGAGCAGCGGCAAUGCCGACGGCCUGGGCGCCAUCCGCAGGGAAGAGCUGGUCCAGAGCGCCCUGACGCUCGGCCUUCGUCACGAGAGCGACGUCUUUAUUGUAGAGAGCCCUGACUUUCAAGAUUCCAUGACCACCACCUGGGAUGCCGACAAGAUCGCCAUCCUUCUAACGAGCACCUUUGCGCCCGGCCUGACCGCUAGCAACCAGACCAGGACCAAGUCCGCCACGGCCACCAUCGACGUGCUGCUCACAUUUGACGCCGGCGGCGUCUCGGGCCACCCCAACCACAUCUCGCUGUACUGGGGCGCGCGUCGCUUCCUGACUGCCCUGACGGCAGGCCGUCCCGGCUGGAGGCCACCCGUCGACCUGUACACGCUCACGUCCGUGUCGCUGCUGCGCAAGUUCACGUCCAUGCUGGACGUGCUGCCGACGCUCGUCACGUGGUUUGCUCGCAUCGCCAACACAACUAAUGACAAGGCCCACCCCGACGCCCUCGUCUUCCUCGCCGGCCUGCAGCCGGGCGGCGGCCUGACCACCGCGUGGCGCGCCAUGACCACCGCGCAUAAGAGCCAGAUGGUCUGGUUCCGCUACGGCUGGAUCACCCUGAGCCGGUACAUGGUCGUUAACGAUCUGCGGCUGGAACGGGGCUUCUGA